ACAAGUGAAAAUAAAGUCAUCGGAAUUAUUUCAAUUAUAUGGACAUUUCGACAGCCCGGAUUUGGAUUAUUGAAUUUUAUCGAAAGCGAAAAGUCCAAUAAAACUUGGUGUGUGUGUUUCAAUAUGUCGAAAACAGUACGCAGGUGCAUUGUUGGGCGACGACCUCCUUGUUACAUACCAAGUCGACUUGAAGAACGAAGUGCAAAAGCCCGUCAAUUGCGACAAGAAAGACGUCGCAAACCAGACAAACCCGACGAUUUUGUAACAUACGAAGAUUCUGACAGCGAAGAUGAAACGCCCGUACAACAAAACGAAGUGCUUAAUACAUCGUACAAUUUUGUGGACUAUGUACGAAGUCGUGAAUUGAAUAUACGGGAGCAGCGAAGUGUAUGCAACUCAUAUGCAAGUCGACACAUUCUAACGCAUGACAUGUUCAAAGAAACCGCCAUAUCGCUAGGUAAUAUCAAUAAAGUGUUUUGCUCACAGUGGCUGAGCAAUCGACAAAUUAUAUUCGGCACAAAAUGCAACAAAUUAAUGGUGUACGAUGUGAAUAUGCGACGUGUCGAUGCAAUUCCAACGCUACAGGGCAGUCGACAGGCUGGCGCUGAAACACAGAAUGGAAUCAAUGCCAUUGAAAUAAAUCCGUCACGUACAUUGCUCGCAACGACUGCCCGACACUCGGCCGAUAUUGCCGUUUAUCGUUUACCCACACUGGACCCAGUCUAUAUUGGUGAAUAUUGCCAUCGGGAUUGGGUGAUGGAUAUGUGCUGGUUAGACGAUCAAUUCCUCGUAUCUGGGUCAAAGGAUGCAAAAAUGGCAUUGUGGCGCAUUAACGAAGACGAAAACAAAGUCGAAGUUAAUGAGAAAACCGAUGAGGAAACAUGCCCAACACCCGAACGCAUUACGGCAUUUUCGGUGAAAGAAUGUCGAGCGGCUCAGAAAAUUCGUGCACUUUGCUUUAAUCCAGAUUACAAAGAAAUUGCCGUAAUCAGUCUCAAUGGUUAUAUUCAUAUUUUUAAUGCCGAAACAUUUUCGCAAAAACUAUCGAGAAAAUUGCCAAAUUGCCAGGACAAUGUGUGCAUCGCAAGCCAACCACAAGGACUGUAUGCGGUUGGUUGUCGAUCGUAUACGCUACUUUUGGAUCCACGAACAUUGCAAGCGGUGAAGAAAAUCGCAUCGAGGUACUCGGGGUGUGGCAUUCGAUCGGCCAGUUUUCAAGAAAACAUUUUAACCGUUGGCACCGGAUUGGGAAUGCUCAUGUUCUACGAUUUACGGGCCGGCAAAUAUCUCGAAAGUAGCAUAAAUUCAUCACGAACCGUUGUACUGAAAGCGAGUAAAGGCUAUGUGUUUCCCGAAGAGGACAUUGAAGGUUUUCAACAAGUCCGGUAUGUGCCGGCUAUUUACACACAUUGCUAUGAGCCAAUGAGCGGUACUCGACUCUUUGCUGCCGGUGGACCGUUGCCCGCGACGCUCGUUGGGAACUACGCGGGGAUAUGGCAAUAAUUAUUAUUCAUAUAUGAAUACAAACAAUAGAUUUAGCAACUUAAUCAUAACUUUAGUCGUAGCGUUUAAAACAAAUGUGGAUUUUAUUGAAUAAAUUCGAUUUUAUAAAUUAUGAAUUGAAUGAGAAAAAAACGUGCCGUU